GGGCGGGGCGCGCCGCGGUGUAUAGAGCCGCCACGGUCCAGGUCCGUACGCCCGCGGGUUCUUCCUGCAGCCCCCCGCUGGGCAGGGCCGGCCGGGCCCGGCCAUGGAGUCCUACGACAUUAUCGCCAACCAGCCCGUCGUCAUCGACAACGGUUCGGGGGUGAUCAAGGCUGGCUUUGCAGGAGACCAGAUUCCCAAAUACUGUUUCCCAAACUAUGUCGGGCGUCCUAAGCACAUGCGAGUGAUGGCUGGAGCCCUGGAGGGGGACCUCUUCAUUGGACCAAAAGCAGAGGAGCACCGAGGGCUGCUGGCCAUCCGCUACCCCAUGGAGCACGGCGUGGUGCGGGACUGGAAUGACAUGGAGCGCAUCUGGCAGUACGUCUACUCCAAAGAUCAGCUGCAGACUUUCUCUGAGGAGCAUCCUGUGCUCCUAACGGAGGCUCCACUCAACCCAAGUAAGAACCGGGAGAAGGCAGCAGAGGUGUUCUUCGAAACCUUCAACGUGCCAGCCCUGUUUAUCUCCAUGCAGGCCGUGCUCAGCCUGUAUGCAACAGGACGCACGACGGGAGUGGUUUUAGAUUCAGGAGAUGGGGUCACUCAUGCUGUCCCCAUCUACGAGGGCUUUGCCAUGCCUCAUUCCAUCAUGCGGGUAGACAUUGCCGGCCGUGACGUCUCCCGCUAUCUCCGGCUCCUGCUGCGCAAGGAAGGAGUUGACUUUCACACCUCAGCCGAGUUCGAGGUUGUCCGGACCAUCAAAGAGCGAGCCUGCUACCUAUCCAUCAACCCGCAGAAGGACGAGGCUCUAGAGACAGAGAAGGUGCAGUACACCUUGCCAGACGGCAGCAUGCUCGACGUGGGGCCAGCGCGCUUCCGGGCCCCCGAGCUGCUGUUCCAGCCAGACCUGGUAGGUGAUGAGAGUGAGGGGCUCCACGAGGUGCUGGCCUUCGCCAUCCACAAGUCCGACAUGGACCUUCGCCGGACGCUGUUCGCCAACAUCGUGCUGUCAGGUGGCUCCACACUUUUCAAAGGCUUUGGUGACCGAUUGCUAAGUGAAGUGAAGAAGCUUGCCCCAAAGGAUGUCAAAAUCAAGAUCUCGGCCCCACAGGAACGGCUGUACUCCACGUGGAUCGGUGGCUCCAUCUUGGCCUCGCUUGAUACUUUUAAGAAGAUGUGGGUAUCCAAAAAGGAGUAUGAAGAGGAUGGCUCCCGUGCUAUUCAUCGUAAAACCUUCUAGUGCCCAAAGAGGUGUAGCGUGUUAGGAGAGUGGGAGGAAAGAGGAGUCAGAGCCUUUAACCCUUGCUGGUCUGGGCUCAUAUCUCAGGCCUAGGGUCCCCUGCAUGCCCUGACCCCUGGGCAGGUGGGGUAGCCAUGCUUCCCUGCGGCCCUCCCCUGCAGACGUGCAUGCGUGUGCACGCACGCGGGCGCAUGCGCGCGCGAGCUCACACACACACACACACACACACACACACACACACACACA